AUGAGUUUAACUUUAAGGUACAUUGAUAAGAAAAAUAACAUUUAUGAUCAUUUCGUUGGUUUUAUCAAUUGCCAUGAUACAUUUAAUAAAAACCAGACUGCCAUUCCAAAUAAUGAUUUGUCAGAUACAUUGAUUGAUGACCAUUUAUCUAAAAAACCGAAGCUAACAGGAAAUGUACUUGGAAAUAUAGUAGUAUCAGAGUUAAAAGAAAUGUCACUUCACCUUAAAAACUGUAUAGGAAUUGGCACGGAUGGUUGUUCUGUAAUGACGUCAGUGUCAAGAGGAGCUGUGCAAGAAGUCCAGAAAAGCUGUCCAAAUGCUAUAUACAGCCCUUGCACUAAUCACGCUCUAAACUUAUCAAUUUGUAAAACAUCGAAAGUCCAAAUCGUUAGAAAUACUAUUUCAUUUUUUCAUUUAUCUUCCAAAAGGAAUUUCAUCUUGAAAAAUAACCUUAAAAGUUCCAAAAGUUCUAAGACAUCAUUAACCAGUUUGUGUGUUACACGUUGCGUAGAACGUCACACUAUUAUAAUAGACUUUGAAACCAACAUGUCAGAAAUUAUAGAAAGUCUAACACAUAUAUCUCAAUGGACAGAAUAA